GAUUGAGCAUACAUGCAUAACCAAAGGCAAAAUGAACACGCUCAUCCUGACACGAAACAUUAGCGACGUUUACUACGCUAGUUCUUCAGUUCAAAUUGCACUUGGGUAACUUCAAGAACGUUGUGUGUCAAUCCCCCAAAACUUGAUUUACGAGUGUCCAUUCAUGUCCUAGUGAUCUCAGCUGCGCUACAUCAUUCACUCAAGAGACUUUUACUGCGUUACUUUACUUUGAUCGACUAUCUACUAUGAACAUUAUCCAGUGCGAUCUCAAAAAAAGUAAAAAAAGUGUCUUCUGACUUAUCCUCUCUUGCAACCGGGUGAUUGAUCAUCAUUGGCAUUCCAAGCUCAAAUUGGUGCUACUUGUCAAGCUCAAGCCUUCCAGAUAAUGUCUGAAUUAUCACCCAAGAAAUCGAGCGAGGACCUGGAAACGCGCCAUCCGCCUCCAACUUUCGCCGUCCAUUCUCCUGAUGGAGAAGAGGAGAGGCCUUUAUUCGGAGAGGAUAUUGUGGUACCACUUGUGGAUAUCCCUCCACCACCGGAUGGUGGCUGGGGUUGGGUCAUUUGCUUCGCCAGUUUCAUGUGCAACCUUAUUCUCGAUGGCAUUGCCUACACGUUUGGCAUCAUGCUGGAGCCAUUAGUGGAACACUAUGGCUCCAACCGCAGCACAGUUUCGUGGGUGGGAAGUCUGCUCACGGGGGUCUACCUGAUGUCCGGUCCAAUUGUGGGUGGUCUUGUCAACAAGUAUGGCUGUCGACCGGUGUGCAUUACCGGGAGCAUCGUCUCGUGUGCAGGUCUCCUUCUGUCAACUAUAUCGCCCAAUGUGCCCGUUCUUAUGCUCACGUACGGCGUGAUUGGUGGCUUCGGAUUGGGAUUGAUCUACCUUCCUGCAGUGGUGGCAGUGGGCUAUUACUUUGAAAAGAAGAGAGCUUUGGCCACUGGUAUCUCCGUGUGCGGUUCAGGAGUAGGGACCUUUCUAUUUGCUCCCUUAGCCACGUAUUUAAUCGCCCAAUUAGGCUGGAAAGGAGCGAAUAUGAUCUUUGCCGGGUUUUGCCUCUCUUGUUCACUAUUUGGGGCGUUGAUGCGACCUUUGGAACUCGAGCUGGUGGAUAACUCCGAUUUGGAGGACGGCGGAGGGGAUGACAAUUUUACUGUACAUUUGCCGGACGGGACGCACCAUUUUCAGAAUGGCUCUGAGCAGACCAGUGGCAGCCUCACGCCCAAUCAGUCUUUCCACCUGAGUCAUGACAUCGGCUUUUUGUCGCCUUCAAUCAACCUCAAUCAGUUGCCCACUAUAGAAGAGCAGAACAUCAUCACGACAACUAUCGAAGAAAAUGAUGGUGAAGAAAAAGAACCGAACGAUGAAGACGAGGAGGAAGAGGAAGACGAGGAAGAAAUGGAAGUCCAACCUGAAGCCGAUGUCAACCAGUUACGAGAGCAAGCUCAGCUAGACGCUCGCAAUGCUCGGGCUGCUCUCAAAAGACGAACUAUUUCAGAGCACAUGCCUCCGUCUCAAGGGAGUCACACCAAGCUGGGAAUCAGGUCUCCAAAGAGCAGCAGCCGAAUUCCGAGGAAUAGUUCCGCACCUCAUUUUGUCGAUACAAGCAUGAUGAUGCCGCGGAAUUCCUCCUCUCCUGGAUUUGGCCGACUUACCCGCAUGCUCUCUCAGAUCUCACAGGAUGGUAAUAACUCCACUUUAGACGAUCAUAUUGCUUUCUGCAUCGAUGGAGCUCAAUUGGACUCAAAUAAGACGCUUUUGCUUCGACCCGCGAGUCAAUCCAGUCGGAGAGGCAGCCGUCCCAUCGUUCGACCCCUCUACAGGAAAGACGUGUUCUACUCGGGCUCCGUCGCCAAUUUGGUCCACGAUGAAGAUCACCAAUCCCGAAGGAUGUCCCAUGUCCCCUCGUUUGCUAAUCUGGACGAAUAUCGCCAUUCCGUCAUUUCCAUUCCCAAAACGCCUCGACGCCAAUCCAUGCUCUCCAUGCACCGUGGUUCCAUUGUGGCCAGUCAUUUGUCCAUCCCUCAGCAUAUUCGGAAAGCGAGCUUGGCCGAAGACGAUCCAGACCUGAACGAACCGGGUCUGUCCACUCUUCGGGAAAUGCUCAAUCUGGAGCUUCUUGGAAACAAGAUGUUUCUCCUGAUUGGCAUCUCCAAUGUAUUUGGCAUGUUAGGCUUCUAUACCCCGUUUGUAUAUCUGCCCAACAUGGCCAAUCUCAGAGGUGUGGAAAUCGACGAUGCCAAUUUUUUGAUUUCAAUCAUUGGCAUUUCCAAUACCUUGGGACGGGUGUUCUCGGGCUGGAUGUCGGAUUUCUCCUGGGUCAACCCCUUCGUGGUGACCAAUGUGGCCGUUCUCUGCAGUGGGAUUAGCGUCUUCGUCCUUCCAUUGUGUCAAGGCUACAUUUCAUACACGGCCAUCGCGCUUCUCUUUGGAUUGUUCACAGCCGCUUAUGUGUCGCUCACUUCCAUUGUAUUGGUCCAGACUUUGGGUCUGGACAAGCUGACCAGCGCUUUUGGACUCUUGGUUUUGUUUCGAGGCGUAGCCUCAGUUGUUGGCCCGCCCAUUGCCGGUUCAAUUUUUGACGCAACGCAAAGCUAUGAUAUAUCAUUCUACAUGGGUGGGGUAUUCCUGGCAAUUGCUGCUAUUGUUAGUACGGCAGCUGAUAUAUUAAAUCGCAGGUCGCUCAAGCUGAAUCAUCCUAAAGCAAAUGGAGCUCUGACAAAGCCCACGUAAUUCCUUUCAUUUCGGGGAAUCUUUGAUCAUGAGACCCCGAUCUGAUACUAAAAGAAAUGGUUCUAAUUUCGUGAAGCUUUCGUAGAAACCUGCAUUUUAUGAAUCACUUCAUCUCCCUUCGCUUGAACUCAGCCCUUUAUGAAAACAACGCAUAUAAUACCUUUUGAAAACCGCAUAGCCACAGAGUAUUCGAAUAUCCGCCAUAAACACUCAAAUGAAGCAAAAAUUGAAAUGAACAAUUUGAACAAUCCACAUGUUAUAUGGUAUUAAAGGAGUAUCUACACAAACUGGUUUCAAAUCGACAAUCAAAAAACUCCGAUUGUCUCGAGGCGCUGCAUUCAUUCAGAGUGGUGGAUCAGAAAUCGCCAAAAGCUUUGCCCUAAACAUGAGGUUGACAGAUCUCUCGUUUAAUCCGACCCAAAACUAUUCAAACGAAUUCGUCAAAUUGCUUGCAUUGGUUACAGGGUAACUCGACAGUUUACAACUCGACACAGCAAGGCUCGACACAUCUGAAAGCUCGACACACCGGAAAGCCGAACAUAUUAAAAAUUCGAUGCUUCGGAAAACUCAAUACAUUAGAAAACGCGACAUGUAAGAAAACGCAACAUCGGAAAUCGGAAGAUCGAGAAAUCAUGAAUGCUUGAAAACAAUUGCUAAGGUCCUUUUAGGAUAAUUGCAAAUCGAGAUAGGGUAUCCUUGCUUAAGAUCGGAAUACUUAUGUUAUCAAAAAGAUUGACCCCAGUUUAGAACUCAUUGGUCAAGCCAUAAAAACUCAAUAAAGAGCUUGGAACUGGGAAAUUUUGUAUAUGUCAUUGAAUUAUUUAAUGUGUCGGCCUUUAGGAUGUGUCGAGCUUUCAGCUGAGUCCAGUCUUCCUUUGUCGAGUUUUCCUGUGUGUCGAUUUCUCCGAUGUGUCGAGCUUCUUGUGUCGAGUUUUCCGUCGUGUCGAGUUACCCUGUAAACGUUUUUUUUGGUUUGGUUUUUCACGGGCAUUUCUAACCGCUACAGGUAAUGUAAUCCCAGUACUAUUAAAAUGAAAGUUUAUAAUUCGUCUAUCUAUUACCUUUCAAUCUUUAUAUGAUAUUUGGUCUACCAACGAAUUUGAGUUGGGACCGAGCUAGUUCUUGAAUGUAGGGUUGAUCUGGAAUGCUAUCCAGAAUGCUAUAAAAAUGUGUCCAAGUCUGAUUUGAAAGAUGCUACCGGACCAACAAGGCCUACGUAUUCCCUAUGAGCAUUAGAGGGAAGUAAAUUAAACAAUGAAGGAGCCCGAGAAAGAAGAGAAGUGAACUUCA